AUGUUGUGUUUUGGAAGUGUCAGAGAGAGAACAGCAAUGGCGAGGCGAGGCGAGACUCGGAACCAGUCGUUGUUGACUCGGGCGGUUGUGGCGGUCUUCGCCUUCGUGAGACAGGCCGAGUUUGAGAUCCUCUUCUUUCUUUUUUUCUUCAUCGCUUAUCUUCUCUUCAAAGACAUCACAUCAAGGCCCGAAUACAAUCAAUUGUUUGUAAAGAGGCCUGGUGGACCAGAAUUUUGGCCUUUUUAG